AAUUUAUUCCCCGAGAAAUGGAACGAUGUGAAUUUGGCAAUGACAGAACUGAAACAGAAACAACAUGAGAUGACGCUUUGAUGAACGUUUCUGUGUUCUUGAGUUCACUUGGCAUUUUGACGUUUUGUUUGUCUCUUUGUAUAUGGUAUAACUACUGAAAAUGAUUUAGAUUGCAGCCUUUAAAUUUUUGGGACUCGUUCCCGUCCGUAGCCCCAAUCCCAACCCUGCGGAAUGGACCGUGUUUCUGGGUCGUCUGAGCCAGAACGGAUCCAACCCCUUCCAGAUGGCCGUGAACGUGUCGAACAUCACCCUGAGCAACCAGACCGGCGCCAACGUAGCGCUGUUGAAGCUGGCCGGCAAGCCGACGCUCACCAACUACAUCCAGCCGGUGUGCGUGGACCUCGUCGGCACGGGCUUUGUCGUAGGAACACAGUGCUGGGUGACCGGCUGGGGAGCCGGCCAGGGAGGAGCGCAGCAAAUUCUGCAGGAGUUCCAGACCACCAUAGCCAGCUGUGGGAACGGCUCCUCCUCCGAAAACAUCUGCACUCAACUUCUGCCACUGCAGCAGGGAGAUGAGGGCGGGCCCUUGGUGUGUAAGCAGGGAAAUUCCUGGGUCCAGUUGGCAGUGAUCACAGUGGACGGCAGCAGUAAUGCCACUCAGAACAGCAGCAGCAGCAGAAGCAGAAUGGACCCCGCUGUCCAGGUUUUCACCAAAACCGCCGCGUUUUCCAUGUUCCUCCGCGAGAAUGUGGGCAGCUUCCCUCCCCCGGCCUCCCCCGUCACCCCGGCACCCCCCUCCCGCCCCUCCGUUUCCAAAACGACGAGCGAGGCCGCUCACCUUCUCCCUCUCUCCUCCGUCCUCCUACUCUCUCUCUUCCUUGGCUUUCUGUCCAGUUGCUCAAGCUAGGACCAUGCAGCUGUUUGUGCUGCGUACUGGCUGGCUAGGGUACCACUAACCUGUUACUGUUUUUCAAACUUUCCGAAAUAUACCAAGAAUGCAUUAAAUAUAUUAAACUCAAGAAAAUUUUACCCGGGUUAUAUCAGAGAUGCUUAUGGACAGGUUCAGUGGCAGAUUUUUUGAAUGUAUUCUUCGUAUAUUCAUUAUGGUUAAGCUCACAGGAAGCAAAAGCACUAGUCCUGGGGCAGUGCUGUACUCCACAGUUCAGAAGCGGAUCCUGACGCUGUCGGUGCCUGCUGUGGGCGGGGUUUCCUCAGGCCUAUGCAGGGAAGGAGGGAGGGUUUCAGUCUCCAGGGCAUCCUCACUGUGCAAUAGUGACUCCUCAUGGAAUUGCAGUGUGUGUUUUUAGGGACGCGUGCACUUGUGUGUGUUUUUUAAAUCUGCAGUAGUAAGUUGCAGCUAUGGUACUGUGUGAUAUAAAAUGGAGGAACAAGUAAACACUUGAUGACACAAAAUAUUUAGAACAGACUGUAUUACUGUGUGUGUGUGUGUGUGUGUGAAAAAUAGUGACACAUUCACUCACCUUUGCUGUGUUUACACCUGUUGCACUAGAGAUAAUUUUAUCUAUAAAUACUGAUGCUCUGUUGGUGAGUUGUCAAUGUAUGCUUUUGAAGUAAAUUGGGUUUUUCAUUGUUAUAUUUAUCCUGUGUAUAGAUAAUUUAUGGACAGCCCAAUAUCUCAACGUAGCCGUCACUGUCAGAUGGGAGACACUGAACAAACUUAUCUGAAUUACAGAAUAAAUUGCUUGCAUAGACUAAGACCCCCCAACCCCCACUGCACACCCCACCCCAGCUUCCAAAGGAAUAAGCUAGCUGGUCUGAGAUGCUUUUGCGCUGCUUGGCAUCACUGGUCACGGUUUCUUUGGCGUUUACUAGCUUUUCAGACCUGUCAGUAACAGGGCUCUCUUCUGUUCUACUGCGCAUUUCCUUCCUUCUCCAGUAGGGGCCGCUCUGCCUCUUACUUGUGGUACCUGUUAGCAGGCAGAGGACAUGCUGGGUAUCUAUGCAGAGCUCAAUAUUACACUCUGUUCGGACAACGCAUGCAUGAAUGCAUGGAAAUGGUCAUGUGUCUAAAUGUUUACAACAAUAAAACUAUUUUUAAUGACUCUAAAAUGAGCUCUUGCAGUACUCCUGGCUGGCCAGUGUGUGGCAGCAUGGCGCAACCUGAGGAACUGUAGAUGGCUGUUGUGAAAAGACCAUAAAGUGUAAUUUCCAUACUAUGGCAAAUUAACAGAUCACCAAAUCCCUGUAGUACUGUAGUAACUUUUUUUUUAUUAAUACUGUAUUGUUUUCAUAAUUCACAAUUAAAUGUAUUGCCUUGAUUAUUAUGUCCCUGAAAUGGAAAUAUGCUCUACGCAAUACACACUGUUCUGUAUACCUAUCAAAAAUUUGGUAAAUUGUAAAUCA